CUGCAGGGGGUCGCCCAUUGAGGGGCUGCGAGAAGGCGUGGCUUCUUUGAUUGACAGCCACCGCCGCCUCUUUCACUCCAAAGGAAGGGCGGCAAUCUGCAGCGCCCUCUCUCUGCUUUCUCCUUGAGCGUGUGGCUUGAAGAGCGAGGAGGGCUUCCCUCAGAUUGAAGAGAGGGAGGGGGGGCGUUCGGAGCGCGGGCGGGCGCGCGCCUAGGAGCCCCGAGCACGCGCCGCCUCUCCCCCUCCCUCCCUCACUCUCCCCUCUCUUCCUUCUCGCAGCUGGCUGGGCUCGGAACUUGCUCUCCCUGCAGCAGCUCCUCCGGGGGGCUGAGACCCGGCGCCUUCUUCCGCGACCCCAGCCCCGACACCCGGACGCAGGAUGCUCAAAGUCACCAUGCCCUCCUCUUCUUCCUCGCCUUCCCCGGGGGCGGCGGCAGCAGCAGCGGCCUCGCCCUCCUCCUCGCCCUCCUCGCCCCCCUCCGCCACUUCUUCCUCCGCCGCCCCUGCCGGGGGACGAGUGGGGGGCUUAGGGGCGGCCGGAGCCACCCCCGACACCCCGGAUUACUGGAUCGACGGCUCCAACCGAGACACCUGGGCCGACUAUUACGAGCUGGAGUCCGAGCUGGGACGGGGUGCUACCUCUAUUGUCUACAGAUGCAGACAGAAGGGAACACAAAAGCCAUUUGCUGUCAAAAUAUUGAACAAAACUGAGUUGCCUGCUGAAGAGCUCUGUGCAACUCUAAAGAAGUUGUUUGAAGAAAAGGUAGACAAGAAGAUUGUCCGGACAGAAAUAGGUGUUCUACUUCGACUUUCACAUCCAAAUAUUAUAAAGUUGAAGGAAAUAUUUGAAACUCCUGCAGAAAUCAGCCUUGUCUUAGAACUCGUCACUGGAGGAGAGCUGUUUGACAGGAUUGUGGAAAAGGGGUAUUACAGUGAACGGGAUGCUGCUGAUGCUGUGAAACAAAUCCUGGAGGCAGUUGCUUAUCUACAUGCUAAUGGAAUUGUCCACCGUGAUUUGAAGCCAGAAAACCUUCUGUAUGCAACGCCAGCUCCUGAUGCACCUUUAAAAAUAGCUGAUUUUGGACUUUCCAAGAUUGUUGCAGAUCAAGUGACCAUGAAAACUGUCUGUGGGACUCCAGGGUAUUGCGCACCGGAAAUUCUACGAGGAUGUGCCUAUGGCCCUGAAGUAGACAUGUGGUCCUUAGGAAUAAUCACCUACAUCUUACUUUGUGGUUUUGAACCAUUUUAUGAUGAAAGAGGAGACCAAUACAUGUUCAAGAGAAUUCUGAAUUGUGAAUAUGAUUUUGUUUCCCCUUGGUGGGAUGAUGUGUCUCUGAAUGCCAAGGACUUGGUAAAGAAGCUAAUUGUGCUUGACCCCAAGAAGCGUCUUACUACAUUCCAAGCUCUGCAGCAUCCCUGGGUCACAGGAAAGGCUGCCAAUUUUGCACAUAUGGAUACAGCCCAGAAGAAACUCCAAGAAUUCAAUGCUCGGCGUAAACUUAAGGCUGCAGUGAAAGCUGUUGUUGCAUCAACUCGCCUUGGAAGCGCAAGCAGCCACAGCAGUCAUGAUGGCAAGUCAAGCCAACGUGGUCCAGAAAGCGAUUCUGAUGAGAGACUGGGGGGAAAUGAAGACGCAGCAAGCUUUGUUGAAUCUCAACCAGUGGUCUUUCAGGAAGAAGCACCUGAAGAGCCUUAGAUUUUAGGGUAUUUGUUUCAGCUGAGAUGUGUCAUUUCAUGCACCAGCCAAGUUACCAUUCAGCGGGAAAGAAUUAUAAGCAUUGACCCUUCUGGGGAGGCUUUGCUUUGAGAUGCAAAAUGCACUAGCUGGUGACCUGAACUUCAAUGCAUGUGACUGCUUCUGAAAAAAAUAGUAAACAGUCUUUUAUUGGCAUGCCAUGGAUAAAGUGAUAUGUACAGUGAUACCAAGAGAGUAGGGAGCGUGGGAGAUUCCUUGUGGUCAACACAUAUAUCUCAUAUACAAUGUUUAUAGAUAAUCUCUGAAAGGAGUGAGGAUUCUGGUUAAUACAAGUUAGGCAUUUCCUAGAGAUCAUGACAUUUCUUUGAUAUGCUUCCUUUCAAACUCAUAAUCACUCAGUAGAUUGAUGGGACACUUCAAAUCCAUCAGGUGUUUUUUUCCCCCCCUCAAAACAGGAUGUGGAGACAUUUUGCAUCUAACAGUGAUAAUGUGCAAACUGUUUACAAUAGGGGAAUUUAUAUGCAAAAACAUUCCGCACAUUCUUAUGACAGGUUGAAAUGUUCCUUUGAAGUGUUAUGAAAUUGUAUGUUCCUGAAGCCGAUGAUAAGAAUGCCUUAUCUCUAUCACUCACUGUUUUGAUGAUCUCCAAAAUAUCUGUCAGACUUCUGACAUUUCAGUAUCUGUGAUGACUGAGAAAAUACUAAAAACAGUACACAAAUAAAGACGGUAGGUGCCACUGUUAAAGGCCAGUUGGAAUUAGUCACAGCUCCGAAUCUGUGAGUAUACAGUGAGGAAGGAUAUACAAUGUGAGGACUUUCCAGUUGGGAAACAAUCAAGAAGCUGAAGUAAACAACAGAAAUGCUUACCUAGCUGAGGAUACCAGAGGUGUGCAGUUGGGUGGGGUUUUAUUUACCUCUGAUGGUAGAGUGAAUGAUUAUGGAAGUGCCAAUAAAGACCAAUAUCAGGGUAAAUUCAAAUGUUUCCCUGCAGGAAAAGGAGUUAAGAACUUUGUCUGAUGUGGAUGGAGGGAAAACGCAGAACAACAAGUAUUCAUUUGUAAUACAUUUUAUAGCAUGUGACUUUCUAAAUAGAUGCAUUACAAAGAAAAUGGCAAGUGACAGUUUUCUUACAGCACAAUCCUAAGGUAGAAGCAAGCCCUAUUUAAUUUACUAGGACUUAAUCCCAAAUACGUGGAUUCAGGAUUACAAUUUAAGUUGCUUUUCAAGUACUUCGGCAAUGACAGAUAGGCAGUUAUUCCUUACUUCUUAAUUAUUUAGAAACAUUUCGGAUCCAAAUGUUAGCUGAGAUAAGAGUAUGCACAGAAAGUAUGAACUGAUUUUGUGUUUUCUGUUCUACUGCAUUAUUUAUAUGAGGCCUGGAAAAUUAGAACAGCACACUUCAUUUUUCAGAGAAAGUCUGAUAUGAUUUUUUAAAAUGUGUUGUGUGGUUUUGACACAUAUUCAGUGCAUAAAUAAUUCGAACUUGAGGUGACAGAAAUGUUUCUUUAGCACAAAGAGUUGUUGACCCAAGCACAAAAAGUAAACACAUUCCAAGAUCUUGGAAGGGGAAAAAUAGAGAUGGAUUUUAUAUUUGCAAUGGCAAAUUAUUGACUGGAGAACAGAACAAUUCAGAGAACAUGAAUAGGGAAGAGCUGCAUGAUCUGUAACAUUUAAUAUAAAGGAAAAAUUCUUUAUCUUCUGUGAAGGACAAUGCUCUGAAGCUGCCAGUGGGUUGUGAAGUAUAUUCAAGAGGAAUGGCAAUCACUGUUCAUGAGGAGCUUGUGCACACUUUUAAUAUUGGAAGGUGACAAUUUCUGGGUCUUGCUAUGCAGAUGCAUGGCCCAUUGACAUAAAUGGCUUGCAACAUUAGCGGUCCGGGGAUGCAGCCUGGGUUUAGGACCAAGUUGUUGCUUACAGAAAAAAAAUGUAGUGCUUUAGUAGCUUUUUAUAAGUUUAUGGUGCAUUCUUUUCAUAGAACAAUCCUUCAAGAAAGAUAGGGGAUUUUUUUAAUGAUACAUAGAAUAGCACAAUAGUAGAGACCUGAAAGUCAUUAGAACAAUAACAAAACGUUAAGAGUUUCAGCAUCUUAGUACCAGUGAAUUCUGAAGGGCUAAUCAAAGCAUCUGCAAAGACAAAAUACAUCCCAGAACCAACCUCCAACUGUAGUUGGAUACGUCAGUUUGAGCCUUUGGCUAGUUAAAAAUAUUGGGGAAUUGAAAAUGCCACACAGUAUUGGUGCUAUCCAUCUCCCAUAGUAAUGAAAUUGCAGAUGAUGUGAGCAGGUUCAUAACCCAUCCAUACCUUUGCUUGUUAGGUGGAAUUUUAUUAUAUUAUAUGUUAUAGCAGAGUGGUUUCGCUAUUACAGAAAUCGGUCAUCGGAUGCUUAAAAGACACCAUCAUGCGAAAUUGAAAGACAGUAAUGCAGGGUGGUUAAGGCAUAACAGUACAGCUCUGAAAUUGUGUAUUGCUCCAUUUCCAUCAAAUAGAUGGAACAAAACCUUACCAUUAAACCUCUACUGUGAUUGAUUUUCAGUACAUUUGCAAGGAAUCCACAUCAGUAAGUCUUAAUCUGAAGUCCGUAUCCCUGCUAGAUGGAAUAUUCUAAUAACAAUUAUCAUGGCAAAACAAAGGAGUGUGAUAUAUUUGAUUCUUGUGGGGGGUUGUGUUAUUAAGUGUUUUUUUAAAAGCAAGGUAUCACACAUAGUUGUUUAACCUUAAGCCCUGUGGAGUGCCACGGCACUUACUCCCACGGCAGAAUGCAUAGCGCUGAAGCCUAAAAGCAUGGCUUUGGUACUUAGUAGGCAGUCAUGGUUGCUUGACCUCAGCUUCCCCACCUCCUAUGUGCAAUAUUGGAAUUUAAUUCCAGCCUACCUUACAGGGCUACUGUAAAGAUUGUGACAAUAAAUAGAUAUAUGAAAUGUUGUGAAUGCAGAAUAUUAAUACUAAAUAUAGCUUUUUACUUGAUCGAUGAAGGCAUACCAGUUCUCUCUUUCUGCUCCAGUUCCCGGUUGGCACACUACUGGAAUGUGUAUAUCUUAAAAGCAGAGGGGGCACAAUCUCACAGAGUUUGAAUCAUGCAAAAAAUUUCAGUGGGACUUUAGUCCCAAUUAUAUAGAAGAUUGCUGCCUAAAAGCACACUUAUCGCACUGUCCUUGUCAACACAAGGUUAAUUCCUAUCAAGUUUAGUAGAACUUACUCCCAAGUACAGAUCAUAGCUCCAAUGAAUUUAAAUAUGUUUUAACUGUGUGUUUCAUGAUCUAAGGCACUCAGAUUUUAUUACUAUGGUCUCAAGUUUUUUUCUGUGUGUGAAAAUGAUAUGGUUAAAGUGAAAUGUAUUUUAUACAAAUGGCAUUAGCAAAAAAGAACAUAAGAAAGACUUGGACAAUACUGGUCUGUAUUCAGGUGCUUCCACUGCAUGUUUUCAUCUAUAUGCCAUAUUAAUUCAAGACCCAAUCAAAAAGCAUCUAUUUCUGGCAGUGCACACGGGAUAUAAACACAGGUAUGACUGAUCAAGCUGGCAAAGGAUCUCACUUCCAUGUAAAGUAAGGGAGAACUUUGAAUUAGACACUUGUUUGCCUUUUCUGAAGCUUUAAUAAAUGGAACUUACCUAGUCUUUUCAUAUAAUCGGGAAACCGAUGUCUGCAAAAUGAUACAAGUGGACGCUGAAAUGUUUAAGAAGUGAUUUGCAUGUACCAUAUGAAAAUAAAGAAGUAAGACUUGG